CUCUUCCCUAAUACUAUUACUAGUGAAUACUGCUAGAGAAUGCUUCACUAAUGGCGAUCUACAGGUCAAUCAAGGCUCUAAUUACAAACCCUAGAAAUUCCAGAAGCUUCGUCACAACCACAAUCUUCUCCAUCUCAGGUCCCCCUAAUGCCCCCCUAACUAAUCCCUUAAUCCAUCCGCUAUUUCGCUUCCCUUCCCAGUCUUCUGCUAGAUUCCUCUCUCCGUUUUCCAAUUGGAUUAUUCCAUUUCAGGGCCCGCUAUUUCUCUCAUCAUCACAGCCAUGGAAGCUCUCUCAGUCCGCAACCCCUCUCUACCUCCGGGGAAACGCCGUCGUUCGUCGCAAAAUUGAAGCCUUGAAUUUGCAUCUUCUUCGGCGGAGACCCAGUUUUCCUCUUCAAUUGGACUUUGCUUCGGCGUCUUCCGAAUGGACCGUGACUAAUGCGGUCGAUUCGAGCCGGUGGACCGGCGGUUUUGUGGAGAGUUUUGUGAAUUGGCCCAACGUGAUCUCCAUGAGUCGGUUAAUUUCCGGCCCUGUACUUGGAUGGAUGAUUAUGAAUGAAUGGUACACCUCGGCAAUGGUGGGUUUGGCAAUUUCUGGGGCAACUGACUGGCUAGAUGGGUACAUGGCUAGAAAGAUGGGGAUUAAUUCUGUUGUUGGUUCGUAUCUUGAUCCAUUAGCUGACAAGGUUCUUAUUGGAUCUGUUGCUUUGGCUAUGGUACACCAGGAUCUUCUUCACCCUGGACUUGUUGGACUAGUUAUUUUUCGAGAUGUCGGCCUCGUUGGUGGUGCUGUAUACCAACGAGCUAGUAGCUUGGGCUGGGAGUGGAAAAGCUGGUAUGAUUUUUUCAACUUGGAUGGGACCCAACCCCAGAAGGUCGAGCCACUAUUUAUUAGCAAGCUCAACACGGUCUUCCAGUUGAUUUUAGUUGCUGGGGCCCUUCUUCAACCAGAUUUUGGAACGCAAGUAACUCAGAUAUAUAUCACAUAUUUGAGUUGGCUGGUGGCGUCAACAACUGUGGGUUCAACUGCCGCAUAUGGAGCACAAUACAUGAGGAAAAGAUCUGCAUUGAUAGCUGGGAAAACCUAGUUUAAAAUCUCCAGUGCACCAAAUGCAUAGACCGCGAACAACAUCGAGUUUAUGAUAAAACGUGGUUGGCAUUAAAACAAUCUAUGGUAUCUAUGAAUUCGAGGUCAGUGAGCAAGAAAAAGACGAUGGGAAUCCAAGUUGGCUCAUUGCAUGUCAAUCAAAUAAUUGCACUAAGAUCGCAUGCAUUUGAUACCACAAAGUUGUUUGGUGGCUGUUAACAAACGCAUGCCAAAAAAUGUGUGAUCUUGUAUAGCAAGAGAGAGAUGUUGAGGAAAAAUAAUUACAAAUAUAUAUUUACAUGUCUAAUUACAAAUAAUUACCUAUUUCAUGUCUAAUAUAUGUACUAUGUUUUUCUAUCACAACUAAAGUAUUGCAAAGGAAUUCGGGUUGCAUAGUUUUAAAUUUCU